AGCAGUGCUAUGACCAGCUUUCUGAAGUGGGACACCAGCGAGGAGCCACGAAAUGGCUAUAGAAAUAUCAGUGAUCAGUGUGGGAGCUGUGUUCCUAGUUGUGCUGCUAUUGAUGGUACUGAGCUGCUUUUCUGAUCGGAGAGACAAAUCUGUACAGGGAGAUCCCAAGGGAACUCAAUCUGGACUUCUGCACUGUCUGUAUCAGUAUCUUUCCCGCUCCCCAUCUCCCUCCCUCCCAGGUCCUCCUAGCCGCUUCCUCAUCGGCAACAUGAUGGAGCUGACGCAUGAUCAUCUCCCAAUUCACCUGACCAAUUUGGCACAACGUUAUGGAAACAUUUACCGGCUGAAUUGUGGAAACACAACCAUGGUGGUACUUAAUAGUGGUGAAGUUAUAAGAGAAGCUUUGGUGAAGAAAUGGUCUGACUUUGCUGGGAGACCAAUUUCAUACACCGGUGAUAUUGUGUCUGGGGGAGGGCGCUCAAUCUCUCUGGGGGACUAUAAUGAGGAGUGGAGGGCGCAUCGUCGCCUCGUACACAGUGCUCUGCAGCGCUGCUGCCAGAAGUCUCUGCACGACGUCAUCGAGAGACAGGCACUGCAUCUGCGAAAGGUUUUGAUGGACUAUAAAGACAGAGCUGUAGAUCUCUCAGAGGAUUUCACAGUGGCAGCCAGCAAUGUCAUCACCACAUUGGCCUUUGGAAAGGAAUACGACAAGAGUUCUUCAGAGCUGCAGCAGCUGCACUGCUGUUUGAAUGAGAUUGUAGCUCUGUGGGGCUCAUCUUGGAUUUCUGCUCUGGACUCCUUCCCGCUGCUCAGGAAAUUGCCAAAUCCUGUGUUUUCCCGUCUCCUGAGAGAGGUGGCCAGGAGAGAUGAAAUCAUAAAAAAACAUCUCAACAAUUACAAGUCACAAGACAAAAAAAAUGAGGACGCUAUCACAGGUUCCCUCCUCCAGGGCCUUGACAAACAUCACAACACAGAAGAUGGAGUGCUCCUUACAGACACUCACGUUCACCUGGCCACCGUGGAUCUUCUCAUUGGGGGAACAGAGACCACUGCAGCCUGGCUGAACUGGACCGUGGCCUUCCUUUUGCACAGACCAGAGGUGCAGACCAGGGUGCACGAGGAGUUGUGUACAGUACUAGAGGGACGAUACCCCAAGUACAGUGACAGACACAGACUUCCUGUUCUGUGCUCUUUGAUCAACGAGGUGCUCAGACUCAGGCCGGUUGCCCCGUUGGCGGUGCCACACAGAGCCAUCAGAGACAGCAGUAUUGCAGGUUACUUCAUCCCCAAGAACACAGUCAUCAUUCCUAAUCUUUUUGGUGCUCACCAUGACCCUGCAGUUUGGACUGACCCAUACAGCUUUAAACCAGAGCGCUUUCUGGAGGGGGGAGGAGGCUCCGCUCGUGCCCUGGUCCCUUUCGGAGGGGGGGCUCGGCUCUGCCUGGGGGAGUCAGUUGCAAAAAUGGAGCUCUUUCUGUUCACUGCCUACUUGCUGAGAGAUUUCCAGUUCAUUCCUCCAGGAAGCGAGGCCUCUCUGCCCGACCUGAGAGGAGUUGCUAGUGUUGUGCUCAAGGUCAAGUCCUACACAGUUAUAGCACGACCCAGACCUGGGACUAAUCCCUGAACUGCAGAGUGCGUACUGUUACUUAUUGCUUAAACAUUAGUGCAUUUGUGUGCAAAUGAAUGUGUUUUUUAUGUAGAUGUAAUUACAGAACCUUCUCAUGUAUGUUCAUCAUCAAUACUUCCUCUGUUUGUUUGCAGUAUUGGAUAUUCUGAUUAAAAUAGCCUGUUAAUGGGCUCUUAACACAGAA